AUGAGAUUUUUCACCAUUGGGAUGGCUGUUGCUGCGUAUAGAAACUUGAGCACAAAUGGUUUUUCAAAACCCUUAUAUAUUAGCUCUUACGCCAAGUGCAAGAACAAGACAACAACAGAGAGAAAACAUCAACGUGGGCCUAGAAUUCAAUGGACAGAGGAGCAGAAGAGUGUGUUGUCUGCUGUAAAAGAGGGAAAUUGUGUGUUCAUCACAGGUUCAGCUGGGACUGGUAAAACCAAAUUGCUCACUGAGGUUGUGAAUCUACUGAGGAAAUUGCACACAAAAUCUAAGGUUUUUGUCACAGCUUCAACUGGGGUUGCAGCAUUUGCUAUAAGGGGGCAAACUUUGCACUCAUUUGCUGGUAUCCAUCCCCCAUUUGAUGUUCCUGAAAAAUUGGUGAAGGGGAUUUUGUCUAACAAGAGGGCAUCUAGGAGAUGGAAAAAGGUUAAAGCUUUAGUCGUAGAUGAAAUUGGAAUGGUAGAUGCAAGGUUGUUUGAUAACCUAGAGUUUAUUGCUAGAAAGUUGAGGGGUGUGAGUGAAACAUGGGGAGGAAUUCAGCUGGUUGUGGUUGGGGAUUUCUGUCAGUUACCACCCAUCACUUAUAAAUCCGAGGUUGUGAGCUAUGCAUUUGAAGCUGAUUGUUGGAACGAGAGCUUUGAUUUGCAGAUUGAACUUACUAGGAUCUUCAGGCAGUCUGAUCCGCGGUUUAUUGAGUUGCUUCAGCGCAUAAGGAUGGGGGAGAGUGAUCACAGCGACUUAUUAUUCCUCGAGAAGUAUUGCUCGAAGAGUGAGAUUGAUCCCUCUGCAGUGCAGCUCUUCCCAAGGAAAAACAAGGUGAUGGAAGUGAAUGAGAAGAAGCUUAGAAGCUUGCAAAAGGAUAUUAUUGUUUAUAGAGCUGUUGAUAAUGGUGAGGAACCUUGGAAGAGCCAGCUCAAGCAUGGAAUAGCACCUGAUGAACUCUCCAUUUGUGUAGGUGCAAGAGUUAUGUUGGUCAAGAACUUGCAUACUUGGAAAGGAUUGGUGAAUGGCGCGACCGGUACUGUUGUAGAAUUAAAGGUAGGGGAUUUUGAUGGCCUAUGCUCUGAUAACCUUCUGCCAGUAGUCAAAUUUGACAAAGGGAAAGAAUUUUUGAUUGGACCAGAAGAGUGGCAUGUAAUGGAUGGAGAUGUUGUUGUUGCUUGUAGGAAGCAGAUACCACUUAGCUUGGCAUGGGCUAUGAGCAUUCACAAGUGCCAGGGAAUGACUAUUGACAAAGCUUACAUUGAUUUGAAAGGAACAUUUGCCCCUGGAAUGGUUUAUGCAGCAAUUUCUCGUGUUACAAGCUUGGAAGGUCUUCAUAUAUCUGGUUUUUCGCCCUCAGAUAUUCAAGUAGACCGUAAGGUUUCAAAGUUCUAUAGAGAUUCGGCUUUGCAACGUAAUAGCAAAGAUCUAGACAAUAGUUGCAUUGAGAGAAAUGAUGGCUCUAGUAGCAUAACUGGUGAUUCAAAAAAAGCAAGCACUUCUGAAACCAAGUACUAUUUUUCACUUGCUGAUUUCUUAGCUAAACGCAUGAAAAGGUCAUGA